AUGGAUGCUACUCCGCUCAAUGGCAGUCCAGACCCACUCUCGGACUUUGCCAGUCGUUGGCGCCAGGUAAGGGCAUGUGCAAGAUGUCAUAGGCUCAAGAUGAAGUGUAUAUAUGACAAUCCUAGCCAUUCGGCGUGUCGACGAUGUUUCAGUUCAGGUAUCGCAUGUUCUUUGGAUAAUGAUCCCACGGCAAAACAAGCCAAGAAGAAACGCAAGCUACCGAAAAAACUGGAGCCUACGUUGCUCCAGCAAUUGAGACAAAUUGAGGAGUCGGUUUAUGAACAAGAACCAGAUGAAAUUGAAGGUUAUGAAGCUCGCAAAAUUAUUGAUUCAAUUUUGACCCGAAUAAAUGGCAAAGUUUCCACUAGAUCACCAAGAAAUAGCACAAAUACACCUCAAAUGAGGUCAAUCAGCCCCAAAUUUGCAGAAAAUUCAUAUGAAAUCUCGACUGAUGAUAACCUUGCUCGAGAGCUCAUCGCCAAUAAUAUCAUAACGAAAGAAGUACUCCGAGCCAGAUUUUCUUUCUUUCUCGAGCACAUGCUUCCAUACUGUCCAUUGGUAUCAUUUUCCUCGAACCAGCUGGACUUCGAAUUCCAACUAGAGAAUACUCCCCUCCUUUUGGUUUCAUGUGUUUUUGCAACCACCAUCAACAAUAAUACAAGCGCAAUGAAACUUGCAGGUAAUCUGGAAACCAAUCGAGAAUUGCAAAAUACCCUUCUUCAUUACCUUGAUUUGUAUCUCGCAAACCGUAUAUUUUUCGAAGCUAAAAACUUUCUGCUUCUGCUCGUCACAGCAUGUUUGGUGCUUUCGUUGUGGUGUAUCGUGCCUAACAAUGGUAACCACAAGAACCAAAUCAAACUCUUGUUGGCCUAUAAUGUUUCACUUUGCAUGGGUUUAGGCGACUCAUCCAAGCAUACAAAUACCCAAUUGGAAGAAGAGAAUGGUGGAUUAAGAACAUUUUUGGCAGUAUACUGCUGCUGUAGCUCCUUAGGACUAUCUCUUCCUCGCUUCAAACUUCCCACCUGGUCCAAAGAUCAUGAAUAUGCUUACAAUGUUCUAGCUCAAAAUCGAACUUCUUCGAUGACUGAUAGCUGUCUCUGUUCCAUUUCAAAGCUAGUAAAGUCAGGACACGAAGCACUUGAAAUAUUAAACCCUGAGAGAGCAAAAAUCUCCGGCAGCAAUACUAUGCUCAUAAUUGAUGCUUAUGUACAUCAAUUGGUUGCAAUAUUGAAGGAGAAUAAUAUUAAUGUUGACGGACACCUCAAAAUUGUUCAUAAAGAAAAUCGUGAGGAGUUUCUCGUUUCUUUCAUUUAUUAUCAGAUAUUGAUGAAUAUUUAUGAUAAUUUUAUCACCACAAAUAUGACAAAUCUGCCCAUUAACGAGGAACUCUCGCUACUUGUAUUCGGGCUGAUCAUCAAGUUGACUACAGUAUGCGAGAACUUGCUUGAAUGCUUUGUGGAAUUGAGUAACGGGUCGAUCAACUAUCCUACAUUUUUCUUCUACAAGCCGUUUCACGCAUUGGUAAUACUCAUCCGACUAAAGUUGAUUUUGAAGUCAGGGUUCUUGAAAUUGAAUUGCAACUUAACCACGUCUAGCGAUGACAGUACUGUUCAGUCAUACGUCAACCAGAUCGACGAAAUUAUGAAGGAAAAUGAAAGCAAGUGGGAUCUGAACAUUUCUGUGAAUAUGUCCUCAGUAUUGGCCAAAGUGAAAAAGUGGAUGAUUGUCUGUUCCAAGUUCAAAGGAAGAAGUGAGCAUAGUGCAAGCGACCCUUCUGCUCAACAUUUAUUGAGCUUGAUUUUGAACUCGAAGAAUAAGGAGAUUGAGAGUUUGGAGCCUCCACAAGAACAGAGUCACCACCAUCAAAUAGAACCUGUGAUGGAAGCAUCUUUCGAGAACACCAUUGAAGAAAUCUUCAAGGAAAUGGACCUGGACCUUAGUAGGGCUCUCAAUCCUUUUGAGUCCUUGAUGGCUACAUCGGACUACCCUUUUGAGAGUCCGUUUGUUUAA